UCUGAUAAAAUAAGUCCACUGACUGUUCUGAUGUAGCUUGUGUAUGGGAAUGAAUAUUUUUUCCUUCCCAUAUUAUGACCCCGUCCUUCUCUUUUACUAUGUAUGCGCAAAUGAUGCGCAGCGUUGAAGUUCUCAUUAGCGAAAUCUGACACUGGCUGUAACCACAAGUCGCAAGUCCGGGGUUUUCGUAGCAGCUGGAUGGCUAGCUGUCUAGCCUAGCAUCUGGAUGCUGUGACAUUGAAGAGGAGGGAAGACAGCAUUGAAGACAAGGUGCAACAUGGAGGAUUUACUAGCCAUCUAAUUACAUUAUUAUCAAAGCUAGCUAUGCUACCGGCGUUUUGAUGAACACAGCUAGUUAACUACCACGCAUAUUUUGUGUGAGCGCGAACGUGAGUUGCGUCUGAAAACAAACUUCCAAGGACCAGACUAAUAUUUUCUCAUGACAGCAAUAUCAACAUAGCAUGACUACUACUAGCCUAGGCCCUAGCACUCCCCCGCCGGUUAAACGUCCCGGUAGACAGCUGUCACCCGGAACUUUCCUUGUGUAAAACGUCUGGACGGUCCGUGUAUAUACCAUUAGUUACCACCCUUAGCAAAAUAUAUAUUGGUGAGAAUGGAUUCCUCCUCGGGCUUAUGGAGUGACGAGAAGUGCUUGGCAAUAUCCUUUUGAAAGUCUGCCAUUUUUUUGUUUGCUUUUUUUAAAACUAGGUAGCUGUUAGCAUGCUAACAUAGCUAUAGGUUUUUAGUUCGCUAAGUUAUCCAGCUAAAUUAACUGUUUAGGUUUGGUUGCAUUUGAUAUUUUUAAUAAUAUUGUCUUGCAGGUCAAACAUUUUGUUGUGUUUACUCUGAAUAUUUCAGCUGAUUAGUGUUUUUCUUAGUCUGACACUGAAAUAAUGAUAAAUGCUUUACUAGCAGGGUUGAUUUAAUACUAAUGUCGUCUACCCAAGAAAACAUUUUGUCAACUGACCAAGACCAUACGGAGAGCACACGUUACACCGGUUUUUAAUUCUCUGUGUUUGUUUUCUGUGCGUUUUAGAAUAGAUUUUGAAAGUUUUAGAAUUUAUUUAGAAAAUAUUAUUUUAUUAGUCGAUAAUAAAUCGCUUCACGAUCGUGCACCCCAAUACAUGACAGACAUGCUUUUAAGCAACGUACCCAGUAGGUCCCCCAGUUCCUCUGGCACUGGCCUUUUAACUAUCCCAAAACCUAGGACCAAGAGGCAAACUUUAGUUACUAUGCCCUCAGCCUCUGGGACAGCCUGCCAGAGAACCUGAGUUUUUAAACUGUGAAACUGUGGGCAUUUAAAAAAAAAGAUCUUUAACACCCUUUUAUCUUUGUUUUUCCACAGGGUGCUCUUAGUCUUUUAGUCAUUCAGUUCUUUUAGAUAAUUCAUAUUUUGUAUAUAUUAUUUUAUUACAUUACAGCUUUUUCAUAUAUAUAUAUUUUUUUUACCACGGAUUAGUCUCUACAGUCCUCGUUCUCUGCCUUUACUGUUUGAACUUCCAUGGCUGUUAUAGAUAGAUUGUUUGUCUCGUGGCCUUUUUGUUUUUAUUCAUUUUCCUGUGAAGUGCAUUGCGUUGCAUCCAUGUCUGAAAUGUGCUAUAUAAUUAAAGUUUGAUUUGUUAACCCAGUAAGCCUAGUUAGCUAGCUAGGAAUAUUCUGUUCAUAGAAUUAUAAUACAAAAUAGAAUUGAAUAGGAUCUCUAUGGCUCUGUCCAGCUGUGCAUGGGUUGGAAUCGCAACAGCCUACAAACUCUUGCUUUUUGCUUCAAUUUCCAAAACAAUGUAACCAAAUAACCAGUUACUUGGCCCAUACAGUAUAUGAUCAUGAUGACUUACUGUUUGUAGGUUGUGCAACUGUACUAACUAGCUUAACAAUUUUUUUCUCUCUCAAUAAUACCACAAAAGCCUUAUACACGUCUUCUGUUGUUAUUAACGUAUAGCUCCAUUUUAAGUAUUUCACAACAACCUUGAAUAGACAACUGUCUGGAAUAGCUAGUGUGGUUAAAUAUUUGUUGACCAAAUCAUAACCAAUAUUCUGGUCACUCGGCCUAUUUGUAGUUUCAUCUUCAAGUUGUAGCCUGCCCUAGUGUGUGUCCCUGCCCUCUCAUCAUUGCUGCUGGUUCCUUAAUAGUGAUGUUCAAACUGUAAGAGGACAGGAGGUAAGGCUGUCCGGUCAGAAGGAGCCCAGGCUACUGUCACUGAUUGAGUUCUCUGGGGAGUUUAUGGAGAGAAAUAUGACCCUACAUUAACCCACACAUCACAGCUCUGAAGCUCUAACGUUAGGUGUUUUGGCUAACCCUGAUACUGUUGUGUCCUGUCCGGUACAUCAGUUGUCCAUACCCAUCAACAGUCAUUUUCAGAUUGAACGAGAGGCCGAAGAAGCGCUGCUCAUUGACUUGCCAUUAAAAACUUGCAUUAGGAUACGGGUCAGAGGGGAGAAAGGCCUGGAGCUGAUUCUGGAGCUCCAGGAUGAUGAGCGCAGCCAGUCCUUCUUCUCCCAGUUGAAGAGAGCCAAGCAGCAAGUCGAGUCCAAAAGCACGCAAAUCAAAGUGAUGGAUCCUAUCAUGCCGGCUCCCCACAAAGUCUCUGCCCCAGUCCCACCCAUCCCUCCUCAGAGAGGGAUCCACAAAGCUGUCAACUCUCACACCAAGCCCACCGGCUUACCGCCACCACCACCGCCUCCCAACCCCAACAACAGCUCUUCAGCCAACCAGACCGGCACAGCUGACAGACAGGACCCAGCUCUCUCUCUGGCCAUAGACUUUGGCUUCGAGAACAACUUCAAUCAUUCCCUCAAAGUGGAGGAGAAGAAGAACCAGCAGAAUGGCAUCGGGCCCCCCCAGGAAGCUCCUCCAGUUCCCCCUCUGCCUCCCCGUAAAGGCUCCUACACUCCCUCCAAUCCUCUCCCACCCAUGCCCAUCCCCACUUCCAAAGACAGAGUUUCGUCCAUACAGGCUAAAGAUGCCGCCUUCAUAACGCCUGCCAAAACAGAUGUUGAGCGGCCCACCUCGUGGAGUGACAGCCCCACCACCAACAGCAUGCGGAACGCCAUGUUCUCCACUCAGGCCAGCCAGAGAGAGUACCUCAUCAAACACCGCCUGGCCAAGAAGGAGGAGGAGUACGUAGACAUCAAGGACUUCAGAUUCUUUUCUGGAACGUGGAAUGUGAAUGGCCAGUCUCCAGACAGCAGUCUAGAACCCUGGCUGUGUUGUUCGCUAGAACCCCCUGACGUCUACGCUCUGGGUUUCCAGGAGCUGGACCUGAGCACAGAGGCCUUCUUCUAUCUGGACUCCUCUAAGGAGCAGCUGUGGGUGGAGGCUGUGGAGAGAAGUCUGCAUCCCAAAGCCAAGUACAAGAUGGUGCGUACCAUCCGACUAGUGGGCAUGAUGCUGGUGGUGUUUGUCAACAAGGUGCACAAGAAUCACAUUAAAGAGGUUGCGGCGGAGCACGUGGGAACUGGUAUCAUGGGAAAAAUGGGCAACAAGGGAGGUGUGGCGGUGCGCUUUGUGUUCCACAACACCAGUUUCUGCUUUGUCAACUCCCACUUGGCGGCCCACGUCGAGGACUUUGAGAGGAGGAACCAGGACUACAAAGACAUCUGUGCCCGCAUGAGCUUCCACAUGCUAGACCACCCUCCCUUCAACAUCGUCAAACACGAUGUAGUGAUCUGGGUAGGAGAUCUGAACUACCGGUUGUUUGUGUACGAUGCAGCUGAGGUCAAACAGCUCAUCUCCCACAACCAACUGAGGAAACUGCAAGAGUAUGACCAGCUGAAUAUCCAGAGACAGAACAAGCGAGCUUUCACAGACUUCAUGGAGGGAGAGAUCAAUUUCAUGCCCACGUACAAGUAUGACGCCAAGACGGACCGCUGGGACUCUAGUGGGAAGUGUCGUGUCCCAGCGUGGUGCGAUCGGAUCCUGUGGAGGGGCAGUAAUGUGAAGCAGCUCCACUACAGGAGUCACAUGGAACUGAAGACCAGCGACCACAAGCCUGUCAGCUCCCUCUUCAGUGUCGGGGUGAAGGUGGUGAACGAGGCGCGCCACAAGAAAGUCUUUGAGGAGAUCGUGCGCAUGAUGGACAGGAUGGAGAACGAAUUCCUCCCGUCUCUGGCGCUGACCCACAGAGAGUUCACCUUUAAGGACGUCAAGUUCCGCCAGCUGCAGCGGGAGAGUUUUGUGAUCUCUAACGACGGGCAGGUCGCCUGCCACUUUGCCUUCAUCCCCAAGCUCAACGACUUGCAGUACUGCAAGAACUGGCUCCGCGCUGAGCCCAGCGAAGGCUUCCUAGAGCCCAACGAAACUUUAGAGAUCUUCCUGGAUGUGUACGUGAGCAAGGACUCGGUGACACUGCUCAACUUGGGAGAGGACGCCAUCGAAGACAUCCUGGUGCUGCACCUGGACCGAGGCAAGGACUACUUCAUCACCAUCUCAGGCAACUACCUGCCCAGCUGCUUCGGUACCUCGCUGGAGACCCUGUGUCACAUAAAGAAGCCCAUCCGGGAGAUCCCCAUCACCAAGCUCAUCGACCUGGGAGAGGACAGCUACAUGGAAAAGGAGAAGUCCAGGGUGAGCUUCCUGAUGGUGGACAGUGCCGGCACGGAGGACAAGCCCUUAAAGAUCCCCAAGGAGGUGUGGCUGCUGGUGAACCACCUCUUUACCAUGUCCUGCCAGCAGGAGGACCUGUUCCAGACACCGGGCCUGCAGGAGGAGCUGCAGAGUGUCAUCGACUGCCUGGACACCAGCAUUCCUGACUCCAUCCGUAUCCUUACUCAUAUGUCCCCAGUCAUUCCUGACUCCAUCCCUGGUUGUAACCACUCAGUGGCCGAGGCCCUGUUGAUUUUUCUGGAAGCUCUGCCUGAGCCAGUGGUCUGUUACGAGCUCUACCAGCGCAGCCUGGACUGUUCCCAUGACAGCCGCCUCUGCAAACAGUUGAUCUCCCAGCUGCCCCGGGCUCACCGCAAUGUCUUCCGCUACCUGAUGGCCUUCCUCAAGGAGCUGCUGAAAUACGCCUACAACAACAACCUCACUGCCAACCUCAUAGCUACCCUCUUUGCCAGCCUGCUCAUCCGGCCCCCGCCCAACAUGGUGGGCCGACAGACAGCGCAGGACCGACAGAGAGCCAUCGACUUCAUUCUGGGCUUCCUCAUGGGAGGGGACGAGGAGUGAGGGGUCAGGGAAUCAGACAGCCUGGACCUUUUGAUGACAGACUGAGGAAUGGGGUUUUGGUGGACACAAGGUGUAUGUAUGUGUGUAGGGGACCAAGGUGGAUUGUGUUGUUGGAGAACAAACAGUGCAACUAUAUGGGACCCUCUCUUAUCAGACUCUUAUCAAUGCCCCAGCUCCCAGCCUUUCUAGUGCUGUACUUCAGUCACUCACAACCAUCACCAUUAACCAAGUCCCAUAGUUUUCACCUCUGCUCAUUGUGUGGCUGCAGGACCAGGAGUUUAGGUGUUGGCAGCUUGGAGUGACAGUGAACAGUCAACCCCCUCUGAGGACUGUUCCGUGCCCCAUUCAACCCCCACUGUGGACUGUUCCGUGCCCCAUUCAACCCCCACUGUGGACUGUUCCGUGCCCCAUUCAACCCCCACUGUGGACUGUUCCGUGCCCCAUUCAACCCCCACUGUGGACUGUUCCGUGCCCCAUUCAACCCCCACUGUGGAGUGUUCCGUGCCCCAUUCAACCCCCACUGUGGACUGUUCCGUGCCCCAUUCAACCCCCACUGUGGACUGUUCCGUGCCCCAUUCAACCCCCACUGUGGACUGUUCCGUGCCCCAUUCAACCCCCACUGUGGACUGUUCCGUGCCCCAUUCAACCCCCUCUGAGGACUGUUCCGUGCCCCAUUCAACCCCCACUGUGGACUGUUCCGUGCCCCAUUCAACCCCCACUGUGGACUGUUCCGUGCCCCAUUCAACCCCUCUCUGAGGACUGUUCCGUGCCCCAUUCAACCCCCUCUGAGGACUGUUCCGUGCCAAAACGACUCCCUUUACCUGAUUUGAAUGUGAACUCUGAAUGGAAGUACAAUAUGUAUGUAUGAACCCACAGAUACUAAGAUAAUGAUGAUCCGUUAGUACGUUACACUAAAGAUACACAGAGGGUCGUGCAGAAGAGUUGGAUCGCAUUCUACCUGGUGGAUACUCCUCAGAGUGAACGAUUCAACCCAUGGGUACGUAGUGAUAUUGGACGCAAGAGACUUCUGGUGAACACAGAGAGACUAAAUGAAUCCUUGCUUGUCCGAAAUACCGACCAAGGAAGUUUGACGUUCUUCUAGAAGAUAAUGAUGACAAUCCGGAGCAGUCCUUUCUGGGAUCUGGGAGACAUAUUGGGAGAUGUGUUAGAACUGUCAGUGGGCUGUGGUUUAAACAAAUGUUAUUUAUGAUUUCUAUUUUUUCCUUACAGAACUUUGUACCAUCUUUUACAGUUUUUAUUUCAACUUCAUACUUCUUUUAAGAGACCACAUUUUGGAUAUUGUUUGACCACACAUGGUUGUUCAAGUCCACCUUUUGCGUCGGGCAUACUGAAACACGUGCUGUUCAAAAUCAAUGAAGGUGUGUUGGGGAUUGUGUGUAACUUAAUCUUGAGCGUUAUUGUGAGUUAGGCUGAUUUCUCCAUUCAUGUACAUUACAACUCUGAACCCAAGUCACACUAACUUCACAGUAGAGCGAUCAGUCAUCCCUCCUGCUUGUACAGUAUAUGCUAUUCAACGGGCCAGUUUCUCAGACCCAGAUUCAUCUUAUUGGAGAUUAACAUUCUCGAUUGAGCAUGCUUAUUUUAGUUCAAGAGUGGUUCAAUGUGGUUGUCUCACCCAGCUAUCUUAAGAUGAAUGCACUAAUUGAAAGUCGCUCUGGAUAAGAGUGUCUGUUACAUGACUAAAAUGAGUAGACUUUUAAUCUGAGUACGGGAAGAACCCUCCCUACAGCGUGCUCCAGAACAUAAUAAAGACAAACCCACUACGGCAUCGAUGUCUUAACUGUUGCAAACAGUCCCUCUCCUGUCCGCAUUGACCUCUUGUGGGUUUUUUGACUCUGCUGUCACCUCUUACUAUGGUGGUGCAAACUGUGUUCAAUAUGUAUGUAUUGUUUGUUGGUCAUGCAGGUACCAUCGUUUAACGUUUCCUCAAGCUUAUUUUCUGUCCUCGCUUCAGCCUCGUUGUCUGCCUCGCUGUCGGUCUUCAUACUGGUUAGAGACUGAUUGUAUGAGGCCUGUGUGCUCAGGCAAGGGCCUUUCUUGUCACCGUCUCUGUCAGUCGAUUCAGACAAUAUAAUGCCCUGUUUUACUGUCUGAGUUUCAUCUGAAGUAGUACCCUAUACCCUAUAUAAUGCACUACUUUUGACCAGAGAGCGCUGGUCAAAAGUAGUGCGCUAUAUAGGGAAAAGGGUGCCAUUUCGGACGUACCCUAAUACUUUUUUUAGUGGCAAAGCAUUUUUUACAGUGCAGGUUGAACAGGAUUUAGAUGUUCAUUACUCUCCGCUGAGACGAAACAGUUUCCUAACGCUGUCGUGGAACGUGUUAUGGUUGUGAAACGAGGAACUAUAAUGCUGUGACAUUUCUACAGUGUUUUUUCCCUUUGUUUUCCACACUGUCGUCUAGUAACGUUAGUAAUAAGGCGUCAAAACAGCUCCUGGCUGGCCUGUUGUGUGACACGGUUGGUCUAUGACACUUGUUUCCACUGGAAACGUUUCCCAUUCUUAUGUCUCCAGUCAACUAAUCUAGCCAGAAAAGCCUGUUACUUAGUCAACAGACAUGUACUGUAAGGAUGAGCCUGGUUCCAUAUACUUUAUGUGCUGUAGCAAACCCCUCUAUGGUUGUCAUGCCACAUGUAAGGUGUGACAGCAUUGAAGAUUUGUCAACACCAUACACAGUAUGGAACCAGGCUACUAUAGGUCGAGGCUACUAUAGGUCCAGGCUACUAUAGGUCCAGGCUACUACAGAAAAGGCAUUCAAAGUUUUAAAGUGUUUUAAUAUUGCAUAAUCUCGUAGCUAACACAAUGACAGGCUGUUAAUCAAAACACUUAAGAGUUUGGUUGUCUCUCUGUCAGCACUCACCCAGAGAGGAUUUUGAGUGGAGUUUGCCCUAGUCUUGUGUAACUUCCUGACUGCAAUUAUCCGUACAGUACAUUCUAAUAUGGGCCAGAUGCGCUUGCAGUGUUCUUCAGAGUUGUCAUAGACUUUGCGCUUUGCUUAGCUUUGCCAAACCAUGAUUGGCCCUGGAUGGAUUGGUCCUACCCGUUGUCUCGGACUCUAACCAAGGAGGAACAGUGAAUCUGAGAUUGUCAUCUCA